AUGGAUGCAGCGCUGUCGGUGCCUCCGGAGCUCCUCCGCGGCACGUCGCGGAACUCAGCUCACACGCAGUAUUCCUUCGAGGACGACGACGAGGAUCUUCUAUCCUUGGAGGACAGCCCAAAAGCUGUACAAGUCGAAGAUGCGCCGCCCAAUCACAUCUUCAACGGCACCGGAGCUUUGCAAGAGGAGCAGCAACGCCUUGUGUGCGAAGCUGUGGAAUGCACAGGCGUGGAGGAAGACGAAGCCAUUUGUCUGCUGCGGGCCUGUCGCUGGGAUGUCGCCAGGUACAACGAGGCCUUCUUCGAGGACGCUGAGAGCUUGCGGCGCCGUGUAGGGGUCUCGGAGGAGGAGGAGGAGGCAGCGGAGCGCGGAUCAUCUCAACUUUGUGGAAUCUGCUUCAGUGCGCCGGGCGUCGCGCUCCUCCCUUGCAGCCGGCGGCGAGGGCCACCGGAA